UCCGAGGGCGGGGUCGCGCUGCGGGUUGCUGGCCCAGCGGCCGCGGAUCCUAGGUUGAGAGAGUGAGGGGUACUCGCUGAGUGAGGGCCUCGCGGCCGUGCCCUGCGAUGGAGCGGGCGAAGAUGGCGGAGGAAAGCCUGGAGACAGCGGCGGAGCACGAGCGGAUCCUGAGGGAGAUCGAGAGCACAGACACGGCCUGCAUCGGGCCCACGCUCAGGUCUGUCUAUGAUGGUGAGGAACAUGGACGAUUCAUGGAGAAGUUAGAAUCUCGCAUCCGCAAUCAUGACCGAGAAAUUGAGAAAAUGUGCAACUUUCACUACCAGGGCUUUGUGGACUCUAUUACUGAGCUGCUGAAAGUACGGGGGGAAGCCCAGAAACUCAAAAACCAAGUGACGGAUACUAAUAGAAAACUGCAGCAUGAGGGCAAGGAACUGGUAAUAGCAAUGGAAGAGCUGAAGCAGUGUCGACUACAACAGAGAAAUAUUUCUGCCACUGUUGAUAAGUUAAUGCUGUGUCUUCCAGUCCUAGAGAUGUACAGCAAACUGAGGGACCAGAUGAAAACCAAAAGGCACUAUCCUGCGCUCAAGACUCUGGAGCAUCUGGAACACACCUAUCUGCCUCAAGUGAGCCACUAUCGAUUCUGUAAGGUGAUGGUGGACAACAUCCCCAAGCUUCGGGAGGAGAUAAAGGAUGUUUCUAUGUCUGAUCUCAAAGAUUUUCUGGAGAGCAUUCGCAAGCAUUCAGACAAAAUUGGAGAGACUGCCAUGAAGCAAGGGAAGGAAUGGGGAGAGACUGAGGAUCAUGAAGGAAAGGCCCAACAGCAAAGAAACCUGGAUAACAUUGUCUUGCAACAGCCUAGAAUAGGUAGCAAGAGAAAAUCUAAGAAAGAUGUUUAUACAAUCUUUGAUGCAGAGAUCGAGAGUACAAGCCCAAAGUCUGAACAGGACUCAGGAAUUCUGGAUGUUGAAGAUGAGGAAGAUGAUGAAGAGGUACCUGGGGCUCAAGACUUGGUGGAUUUCUCUCCUGUGUACCGGUGUCUGCACAUAUAUUCUGUUCUGGGUGCCCGAGAAACGUUUGAAAAUUACUACCGAAAACAGAGGCGAAAACAGGCUCGUUUAGUUCUCCAGCCUCCCUCAAACAUGCAUGAAACUUUAGAUGGCUACAGGAAAUAUUUCAAUCAAAUUGUAGGCUUUUUUGUUGUUGAAGAUCACAUUUUGCAUACAACCCAGGGAUUAGUGAAUAGAGCCUACAUUGAUGAACUAUGGGAAAUGGCACUUUCAAAGACCAUUGCAGCAUUGCGCACCCAUUCGUCCUACUGUUCUGAUCCAAACCUUGUGUUAGAUUUGAAGAACCUCAUUGUACUCUUCGCUGACACACUUCAGGUGUAUGGUUUUCCUGUGAAUCAACUUUUUGAUAUGCUUUUGGAAAUCAGAGACCAGUAUAGCGAGACUCUGUUGAAGAAGUGGGCAGGGGUUUUCAGAAGCAUACUUGAUUCUGACAAUUAUAGUCCCAUACCAGUAACAAGUGAAGAGACAUAUAAAAAGGUUGUAGGACAAUUCCCAUUUCAAGAUAUAGAACUGGAAAAGCAGCCAUUUCCCAAAAAGUUUCCUUUCUCUGAAUUUGUGCCAAAAGUUUACAACCAGAUUAAAGAAUUUAUCUACGCCUGCCUGAAGUUUUCAGAAGAUCUUCAUCUAAGCGCCACUGAAGUUGAUGACAUGAUCCGUAAGUCUACAAACCUGUUGCUGACCAGGACUCUGAGCAACUCCCUGCAGAAUGUCAUUAAGAGAAAGAACAUUGGCCUUACUGAGCUUGUCCAGAUUAUCAUCAAUACAACCCACUUGGAGAAGUCCUGUAAAUACCUGGAGGAAUUCAUCACCAAUAUCACUAAUGUACUUCCUGAGACGGUCCACACCACCAAGCUUUAUGGUACCACAACUUUCAAGGAUGCUAGACAUGCAGCUGAAGAAGAGAUAUAUACAAACUUAAAUCAGAAGAUUGACCAGUUUCUACAGCUGGCUGACUACGACUGGAUGACAGGAGACUUAGACAACAAAGCUAGUGAUUACCUAGUCGACCUCAUUGCCUUCCUUCGGAGCACAUUUGCUGUAUUCACACACCUUCCUGGAAAGGUGGCCCAGACAGCCUGUAUGUCAGCAUGCAAGCAUUUAGCCACAUCCUUGAUGCAACUAUUGUUGGAAGCAGAAGUAAGACAACUCACUUUGGGAGCAUUACAGCAGUUCAACCUGGAUAUCAGAGAAUGUGAACAGUUUGCCAGAUCCGGCCCGGUGCCUGGGUUCCAGGAGGACACGCUGCAGUUGGCCUUCAUCGACUUGAGACAAGUGUUGAUAGAUGCUUUAUCUGCGAUCACACUCUCAGUUGGAGAACCCUGGGCCUGCAUUUGUUCUUUCUGUGCCCUGCUGCCGCCUAAAAAGUACCUCUAUUGGACCUCUUCAUUCAGUGGGAUUGGUCCACAUACCUUGCUGACUAUGGACAACCCAACUGCAAGUACCUCCGGGUGAACCCUGUGACUGCUCUGACCCUGCUUGAGAAGAUGAAAGAUACUAGCCGCAAGAAUAACAUGUUUGCACAGUUCCGGAAAAAUGAGCGCGACAAGCAGAAAUUGAUUGACACUGUGGCCAAGCAGCUCCGAGGACUCAUCAGCAGCCACCACUCCUGAAUGUUGGCCUUGGGCUCACAGAGGACAUUUGCCGUAGCCCAUGGUCCAGGAUCUCCCCUGGACUGGCCCUGCAUUUGUGCAUUCUUCCUCAAAGAGAGCAUAUGUAUUUUUUUAUUAACCCCUGUACAGUAUUCACAUAACCUUUCCCUACAGUAAGAGAGGCACAAGAAUAAUCAAGAACAUGAGGGGCUUAGGUGAAGUUACUGUCAUUCUUUCUGAUGUUAUCCUGGGAAGGAUGCACUGUCAGUGCUAACAUGAUGAGCCGCCUCCUAUCCAGGGCCCCACAAAUUCAGUGGGUACCUGGUACUGGGAGUUGAAAUGAGGAAGUAAAAGGAUAAUAAUAUGUAUCCUAUUUGCUCUCAAGUGCUCACUUAAGUGCAUAGGAGAGCCUGGCAGACAUACCUAUGUACUAUUCCAAACCCAGCCUUAGUUUAAGAUAUCUAUCUGCCUCAUUGGCUAACGUAUUGGUUCAUAAGAGUGUGCCAUAUGGCAAGAUGAUGGUUUCACUCUGGUCCCCAUAGGUGGCAGUUUCAUUAAUAUAGUCUAACCCAACCUUGUUGCUGGCGAGAGGUAGUUAGCUGAGUAAAUUCUUGGGCCCAUGCUGAAAAGCAAGUUGCCCUACUGGAUGAAUUGGUUUUCUGAAUUUUGAAAGCCAGUUUGGGUCCCCCAAAGACCCCAGGCUCCUUUCCAUGUAUCUCUGUUCCUUCUUUCAUGACUUGGUUCAUAACAUAGAUAAGCAGUGGCUUCUGGAGGUCCCCAUGUGAGAGUCUCACACUUGCCUCCUGCAGCAGCAUCUCUAAAUGGUCAGAUCCCCCUGAAGCCUGAAAACAGCCUGGGUGCCUUCACCUUGGGUAGAGCCUGAUGACUUCUUGAGAUUGGUCACUCAUGUUUAACCAAAAGCCUCUAGCUAUUGUCUUUAAAGAAAAUGUCCCAAGUUCUACACUGUGAGCACAGCCUUCACAGGACUAGAUGCUCUGGGCAUGGAUCUAUCACCACGAGGUAAACAGGGUCAGCUAUGGCUAAUGGCUUGUUGCCUGUGGACCAGCUAUCAUCAACUAAGUCACAUUAUGGAGACAAAGCUUGUCUUGCUCAAGCCCGGGGCUCCCAUCUUCUGAGCUGUCCCUUCGCCUCACCCGAGAGUGCUUCCUGGAGUCCUAUCUUUGACCUCUGGAGCCUGGGCCAGCUAGAUAGACUCCUGAGACCAUGCAAGGGCUUUACUGUGAUGUUGGUCAGAGGGGUCUACACACUCAGACAAAUGUGGAAGCUGUUAAACUGCUGGUAAGAAUAUAAUUGCAUCAUGGAACACUAACCCAGAUACCCAGAAGUGUUUCCAGCUUCAGUAAUGAGCAGAGAGACUGGCCAUUCGUCACCUACCAUGUGCUUCUGGGACACACUGCUUAUGUAUCUCCCAGGUCACCAUAAGUCUACCCCAUCUUGAGCACACCCUACCCAUCUUGAACACCAACAGGAAGAGAAUGUCACAUAGAGGUACAGUUUUCUAUAACUGGAGAGAAAAAGCUACUCAGGUGCUCUGCAGAUGCCUGCAAGUCUCAUCCUUGGGCUACACAAUGGCCCAGAGGUUCCGGAGAGUCUCAUAAGAACACCCAAAACUUGAUUAGCCAAGGGAAGGCAGGGGCCUGUGGGAAAGAAGACAAGAUGGUGUGUCCAAGCCCUGGAUUUGUUAAAAAGGCUGAGAAGUGAUUCCACUAACCUGAAGGUCCGCUGACUGAGAAGGAAAGAAAAGCACUUUGCCUGUGCUCGUCAGCCUUCAGUGUAGUAGAGAGACUGCUGGGCUGUCGCGGCAUUUGUCCUUUUAGACUCCAUCUUGCUGCUUGUCUAGUCCCCACCUCUGCCCCAGAGGAACUAUCAUAGAGUGAAUGAAAACAGGUGGAGGAACAGGAUCACUACCUUCCACAGCGGAGUCCUGCUGAAGGGAAUUUCAUGCAAUCUCAGGGUGUGUGAGGAUGUCCACCCAGCCCUUCUCUUCUGGCCUCCGCAUCUGCCUGCACUGCUCCCUAAUAAAAAGCAGCAUGUACUUCUGAGCUGUGAAAGCCAGGGACCCACAAUGUCAAGGUGAUUAUGAAUUGAUGAAGUAGAACUUUUUUUUUUUCAUUUUAUCCAUAAGGCCUAAAACUGAUCUGGCCUUGAGGACUUGAUCACAGUAUGCAUGCCUGUAGGCCUCAAACUCUGUGACCUUACCUCAGAUGCCUGCAGACACACAUAUUCUGAAGAGUCUCAGGUGGGGUGAGAUACUGCUGCCUGGAGGUCCGGCCUUCCAACCAGAUCCAUAUCUGUGUAGACAGUCUGGUUUGUGAACUGUGGGUAGGUAGAGGCUCACUUAUUUUUUUGCCAUUCAUGGGGAAAAAAAAACUCUCAGUACCAGGUGACUCUGGUGUGGGUAGAGAAGAACAGGCCCUGCACAUGGGAACCCACAGAGUCCCUUUCAGCAAAAUGAGUAUCGUGCACCAGGACCAACAGUCCAUCUAGUUUCACAGCACCCAGCUCAGCAGGUCCCAGGCCCGGUGGUGGCACUGGCCAGGAGUUUCCUACUUAGACCUCUGAGUGCAGGCCCAGUUGGCUUCACCAGGCCUCCUCCAGACUGCUUUUGCCAUGCCCUCCCUCUAGCCCUCCUUGCCUUCUUUUAUUCAUCUUCAUUUUAGUCAUUCCUUACUGGUGCAUUGGAAACAGCCUUUUCAUCUUCAUUUUAGUCAUUCCUUACUGGUGCAUUGGAAACAGCCUUUUCAUCUUGCACAGUUCCACAUUUGUGGGAGAAAUGUGGUGAGAUCCAUCUGCACCUCCAAAAGGAACUUUUUCCUCUCAUGCCCACUAGGAAAGCAGCUCUGCUGUAGGCGGCCGCAUAAGGGAGCUCCUCAGUGGAAAGAGCAUGUAGAUCACAUUCCCCUGUACAUGUUCCUCUUUUAACUGCUAUUAAAUAUGAGAUCCUACAUACCUGUUCCAAUA